UUAUCAUUAUCCAAUAUUAUUCAAAAUCUGCAUCAAAUUUUAAAUUCAAUAAUUGAUAUGUUGCUUGAAGAUUCAUACGAAAAUGCAAUUGCUGAAACUUUAUAUAAUAGCAUUGAUAGAAACUUUAUUAUUAUGACAAAAUUUUUUGCAGAUAUUCUUGGAAUACUAAGACGAAUGAAUCUUCUUUUUCAAAAAAAUCAUAUUACAAUUCGUGAAGUUAAAACUCAACUUGAUGUUACGAUUUAUACUAUUAAAUCACAAUUUCUUGGAAUAGAUAAUAUUGAACCAUCUUGGAGAAUGAACUGA